AUGCAAUUCUUAUCAUCAAUUACUUUAUUAGCUUUAGUUACAUUUGCAAUUGCAAAAAAUAUUUUAUUAACUAAUGAUGAUGGUUGGCAAGCAACAAAUAUUAGAGCAACUUAUUAUCAAUUAAAAAAUGCAGGUCAUAAUGUUUUUUUAGUUGCUCCAGUUUCUCAAAGAUCAGGUUGGUCAGGUAAAUUUGAUAUCCCAACAUCACCAACAUUACAAACAAAUGGUGAAUUUAAUUAUCCACCUGCUGGUUCACCUUCAUGGGGUCAUGAAGUUGAUGAUGAUCAUAUUUGGUAUUUUAAUGGUACUCCAGCUUCAUCAGUUGCAUUUGGUUUACAAUAUGUUUUACCACAAAAUUUUAAUAAUGUUUCAAUUGAUUUAGUCGUUUCUGGUCCAAAUGAAGGUACAAAUUUAUCACCUGCAAUGUAUACUAUUUCAGGUACUAUUGGUGCUACUUAUAAUGCUGUUUAUAGAGGUAUUCCUGGUGUUGCAUUUUCAGGAUCAAAUUCAAAUAAUUCAUUUUUUAAAGAUUCAUUAGAUUUAAAUGACGCACAAGAACCUUCUACAAUUUAUGCAAAUAAAGUUGUUGAUUUUGUUCAACAAUUAUUUAAAAAACAAGGUGAAAAUUCAAGAACUUUACCUUUGGGAGUUGGUUUAAAUGUUAACUUUCCAAAAGUUGGUUAUCAAGAUGAAUCAUGUCAAUCACCAAAAUGGGUUUACACUAGAUUAUCAGGUCAAUAUGCAAGUGGAUCAGAUUUAGUUUACAAUAAAACUACUAAUUCAUUUACAUAUGCUCAAAAUGGUUGGGCUGGAGUUUAUGUUUGUAAUGAUGGUGAUUGUUCAUUACCUUCAGAAAAUACAAUUGUUGAACAUACAAAAUGUCAAACUUCAGUUUCUGCUUUCCAAGUUGAUUAUGAUGCUAAUUUGGGAUUAACUCAACAAGUUAAAACCUUAUUAGAACCAUUAAUACAAUAG